AUUGAAUUUUCAGGAAGAACAAAAUGAUAUUUCAGUAUUAUCCCGACACAGUAUUUCUGAUUCAAAACAAUACGUACGAAAAAAAAUAGAUUGUGAUCUUAUAGGGACUGUAUUAUUCGUUUUGGGGGUUUUUGUUUUAUUGUCCUCCCCUACAAAAGAUGAGUCAGUCGACUCCCUCUGCCCGCGAGCUGUUUUUGUACACUCGGCUACAGAACAGUUUUGUGUUGCGCGGGCCUUAAAUUAGUAGCUUUUCUACAUUAUUUUCAAAAGAUGCUCGCUCACGGAAUCAAAACAAUAAAACGAAGAACAAGAAUUCUCAAGAAACUCUUGCCUCUAAUCAAACUUGGAUAGAAUUAAAAUCAAGAAACUUCCACGUAGUUUGAAGGGUGUAUUUGUGAUUUUAUUUCACUACUAUCGCUCUCGAACGUUUACAAGACCAAGCUCGCGCCAGUCUGAUGAAUUCGCCGAACCAAGACGAAGAUGAUGUGCCCGUUAAAGACCCGGUGAAAUACGGCGAGUUGGUCAUAUUGGGGUACAAUGGCUCUCUGCCCAGUGGAGACCGGGGGAGGAGGAAGAGCCGCUUCGCUCUGUACCGGAGGACCAAGGCCAACGGAGUCAAACCCAGCACUGUUCACAUCCUCAACACACCACACGACAGCAAGGCAGUCCACAGCAGGGGGCAGCACAGCAUCUCCUUCACUCUGUCCCGCAACCAGACAGUGGUGGUGGAGUACUGCCACGACAACGACACUGACAUGUUUCAGAUUGGGCGCUCCACAGAGUGUCCAAUAGACUUUGUCGUGAUGGACACAUCAGGAGAGGGGAAGGAGUGCGAGGACCCCUCGGUGGCCCCCAGCACCAUCUCCCGCUUCGCCUGCAGGGUGGUGUGUGAACGCAACCCCCCCUACACCGCACGCAUCUACGCUGCUGGCUUUGACUCCUCCAAAAACAUCUUUCUAGGGGAGAAAGCCACUAAGUGGAAGAACCCGGACGGCCACAUGGAUGGCUUGACCACCAACGGAGUGCUGGUGAUGCACCCUGAGGGCUUCCCUGAGGACAACAGACAGGGCCUGUGGAGGGAGAUUUCUGUUUGUGGGGACGUCUACGCCCUCCGAGAGACACGCUCUGGACCCAGCCGAGGCAAACUGGCGGAGGGAGAGAGCAGUGCCCUGCGGGAUGGUUCUCUGGUGGACCUGUGUGGAGCCACUCUGCUGUGGCGUACUGGAGAGGGCCUGCUCCACGCUCCCACCCUCCGCCACCUGGAGGCACUGCGACAGGAGCUCAACGCUGCCCGGCCACAGUGUCCUGUAGGCCUCAGUACCCUGGCAUUCCCCAGCAUGCCACGCAGCCACAGUUUUCCUUUUCUCCCCAGUCUGGAGGAGCGCCAGCCCUGGGUUUACCUCACCUGCGGACACGUGCACGGCCGCCACGACUGGGGCCAGCGCCCCGAGCGCCGGGAGGCGGGAGGAGGAGAGGGGGAAGGAGGGAUCUCCACAGUCCGCCGGGAGUGCCCUCUAUGCAGGAGCGUGGGGCCCUACGUGCCCCUGUGGCUGGGGUGUGAGCCCGCCGUGUACGUGGAUGCUGGAGCGCCUACGUACGCGUUUGUACCCUGCGGCCACGUGUGUUCAGAGAGGACAGCCAAGUACUGGGCGGAUACCCCGCUGCCCCAUGGGACCCACGCCUUCCGGCCCACCUGUCCCUUCUGCUCUGCCCCUCUCAGCAGCACCCCACAGGGCUGGACACGCCUCAUCUUCCAGGGCCCCAUCGACUAGCCAUGCCCCCACGGAUGCAUUCCACAACUACUACGCAACAGUGGAACCAACAGUCACUAAACCAAAGGCCCAAUCCUAACUUGAGAUAAUAGUGUAUAACUAAUAUAAAUAUUUCUCCAAUUUACACUACAUCCAUGGUGAUGUUAGACAAGUGUGUGUACCUCAAACAUUUGUGUAAUAAUGUGUUAACGUCAUUUUAGGAUCUGUGCUGUAGUUUGCAUUAGGCACAUUUCUCUCAAGGUAAGAUUUGGCCAUAACAGAAUCUCCCUUCAAAAGCAAUAAGAACACCACUAUAGCGAAGCAUAGUUUUUAGAUGAGCUAGUUUUUUGGCUAGUCAUCCAUGUCUCCAAUUCUGUCUCUCUUCAGACAUGGCUGAAUGUUGUCUGCAGCUCAAGGGCUAAACCUGAGGUGUGUUGAAGUCACUGAAUGUUCAUGAUUGCUGGUUUCCUGACAAAUUCCUCUCAGCCCAAUUUUGAACCAAUAAUGUAAUGUUACUUCAGUGUUUGAGUGAAUAUUCCCUUUGACAAAUAUGAAUUAUCCGGAAAACAGAACAUUGUAAUAUUUUGAGAAGCGGUUAAGUGAUAUUGGUGAACAUAAUGCAGUUUGACCACACCUCAGGUUUGUGACCAAACAGACAGACAGGGUCCGUGUCAUGAGACAUAGCAGAAAGGUCAGAAAGCGUGACAUAAAGUAACCUCAUAAGACAUUUUUUUUUUUCAAUGAAAAUAUAACUAUUUUAUUAAAAUGGGGGGUGUUUGGGGUGGGAUUUCAUUUAGAUGUUAAGUGUUAAGAUACAACUAUUUUUCUAUCUUGAGUAUUUAGUUAAACGUGAUUUCUCAAUGUACACGUUUUCUGUAAGUGUAUGACUUGUGUGUUCGAUGAAACGAGGAGAGUGAGAAAAUUGCCAACACUGUGUCACACACGUUACACGACCAUAAACAAUUGGCCAGACAAUGAAUGUAGCCAAAUACUCAGGCUAUACUAGCUUAGCCUGCCCAGGUGCUUGUAUUGAAUUGCUCUAUAUUAUGCUACUACUAUUUUUUUAUCUGAACGUUGUGAUAUACAGUACCAGUCGAAAGUUUGGACACAUCUACUCAUUCAAGGGUUUUUCUUAAUAUUUUACUAUUUUCUACA